AACCCCUCCAUCACACCGUGUCGCCAUGCAGCGGGUCUCGCAGCUCGCGCUCCGCCGCCUGCUGUCGCCGCCGUCCGCCGCGGCGGCCGCUCGCCGGGCUGCGCCGGUCACCGCGGAGGCUGUUUCCGGCGGAGGAUCAGUCCUUCUGCCCCGAGGCGGUGGCGCCGGAGUAGCAGCGAGCGAGUGGAGUGGUGGCGGCCAGGGGCUCUGGUUGGUUCGGAGGCUCUGCACCUACGACGAGAGAGAUGACAGGGCGCUCGAGGAGGAAGCUGAGAAGAAAUUUGGAUGGAUAUUGAAGAUAUUUUUCCUAGGAACUGCUGGCCUAGUUGGCUACCAAUUCUUUCCAUACAUGGGGGAUAACCUACUUCAGCAAUCUAUUUCACUUUUGCGUGUUAAGGAUCCCUUGUUCAAGCGCAUGGGAGCUUCCCGGUUAACUCGUUUUGCAGUGGAUGACCAAAGAAGAAUGAAGGUGGUUGAGAUGGGGGGAGCUCAGGAACUUCUUAAUGUAUUGGAAGGUGCUAAAGAUGAUAAAACACGUAAAGAAGCUCUAAAAACUCUUGUUGCACUUUCUAAAUCUGAAGAAGCUGCAGGAUUUUUGGACAAGGCAGGUGCCUAUGCAAUAGUCAGCUCCACUCCCAACUCCUCAGAAUACGCUGAGAUCGAGACGUACAAGACUAGUUUUCUGACGGCCUUAGAUAAACUGAAGUCAUGACGUACGAAUGGAAAUGGAUAUGAGAGUUGAUACAUUUUGAAUGAGAAUUCAUCCUGGCGGUCUUUUGGUGACCGGCGUCGGCUUGUCUGUUGCUGGAAAUGCAUGUCUUGUACAUUUGUUCCGAACAGGCAGCACUUUUAUUAUGCCUUUUCUGUGGGCCAAUAACAAAGAGCUUUAUUUGGUUAAAGCAGGGUUUACUGUCCAAACAGGCAGCACAUGGACAGUGUCGGGUGUUCUUUAGUUGUAUGAUGCGCACUGAAUUGGUCUUUUGUUCGAGGAACACAUUGGUUCAGGUUAACAAUACCAGUUACCUCUAGAAUAUUUGUGAUGACUUCA